CUUACUCCUCUGCACAUGGCAGCUUUUGGUGGAAAUGUGCAAGUAGUAGAAAUGCUUCUGCGUUCACACUCAAUCGGCACCAUCAAUUUAAGAAGCAUUAAGGACUUUACUCCCCUUCAUGAAGCUGUUCGUGGUAGAAGUAUUGAAACUGUUAAGCUUCUGAUAGAAAAGGGAGCUGACACAAACCUGCAAGACCAGGAGGGUAAUACACCUUUGCACUUGGCUUCCUACUUGAGACCACCUUCUUUGUCUUCUGCCAUAUGCCAAGCUCUUCUAAAAGGAGGUUCAGAUCCAAGCAUCAAAAAUUUGGCAGAAGAGAAUUUUAUCCUUGCUGUGUUGAGAGGGGCAGCAAUGGAGGGAUGCAAGGAUUCAGAACUUCUCAUUUCACUUGCUCUCAAGCAUCACCCUGACCUGUUGAGUCGAAACUCUAUUGGUCUCAGUGUCUAUGAUGAAGCAAGAAAAAUAUCAGCUCCAAUGAAUAUUAUCAGAUUGAUCAAGAAAAAGACCCAGGAACAGCAAAAUGUAUUUCUAAACCAGCAAAACCAGAAGCGAUCUAAACAUGUCACAUUACAACACAACUCCUGGCCAGAUGAAUCUUCUAAUAAGAUUCCCAUUAUGGAUGUCGGCAGCUGGAAGCCUGGUAAAAAGGUUAGGUUCUUCAUAUGUGGACAAACUGGAGUAGGAAAAACUACCUUUGCCAACGCACUGAAAGAGACAGGGCCUCUAGCCAUAUUACAAUAUUACCUUAAUGGUCCAAAAAUCCCUUCUUCCACCAAAGGGGUGGUAUGUUCACAAACUGGAUUUGAAGGAGCAUCUUUGGUGAUCUGGGAUUUUGCAGGGCAAAUGGAGUACUGUUUCACCCACUCUCUACUGCUCAGCACUAGUGGGCCCAAUACAUUAUACUGUGUGAUGUUUUCUUUAGAAGGAGUUGAGAGUGACUGGUAUGGAGGGCAGAGAAUUGCUCUAGAACAGUUGAUGUUUUGGCUCCGAUUUCUCAGUAUGACUCACAGUUCUCAGUCCAAGCCAUAUGUUAUCUUGAUAGGAAGUCACGUCGAUACUCUGCCACAUGAGAACAGUACAUUAAUUGCUAAACAAUUUUAUGAAAAUGUGAUGAAGAGGGAGUCUGAAUUAUUCAGCUGCUUUCAGGUGCAGUUUUUCUCCCUAAACUGCAGAAACAUGAGUGAUGUGAAUUCCAUCAGAGAACCUCUUUCAAAGACAAUUUCACAGGUCUUGCAGAACUCAACAGAAGAAGCUGUUCCAGAGAUUUGUCAGCUGAUAAUGGAGUGGGUCUCUUAUUUGCGCUCAAAGAAGGUGCGCUUUCAGCACUGGAAAGAGUUUGCUGAAGGGGUUCAACAGGUGUUGUCAAAUCCAGUCUGCCCAAGCACUCUUCUAACAGCUGUAGAAUAUCUGCAUAACAUAUCUGAGCUAUUAUACCUGCCUCAAUACUUUUUACAAGGAAAACACUCAGCCACAAAGCCUUGCAAAAAUAUCACCACUAAACUGCAUCUUGAUGCCACCUCCAGUCCUAGAAAUCUUGCUUCUGAUUUAAUUAUCUUCGAUUUGAACUGGUUGCUACAAGACAUCUUUGGCAUAUUUGGCAACUUUGCACUUAGUCCAGCAUCUGGAACAAAUAAAGAACGAUGGAGUUUAAAAGAAAUUGCUGCUGCCUUGAACUUGACAAAUGGUGAAGUAGACCUGAAAGAUGUACUGGAGUUACUGGAAGCAUUUCAGCUUGUUUUUAAAACACAAGAAGAGGAAUUUGUGGUGCCUGGCUGGCUGAAAAAAAGAGGACCAGAAAGAUUUGGGGGAUGUGAAAAUAUGCAAGGUAUUGGAUAUCGCUGGAUCAACGGCAGAGGACUGUUCAGCCAUUUUUUAGUUGGUCGAUUUCAGAUCCAGCUUUUGCACAUGUUUGGUACAGACAGAUGCCAGCUUUGGAAGGAAGGAGCACUUGUAGUUACAAAGGCUCAGUUGAGGGUUGAGGUGUCAGAAGACAGGAGAAAUUUAUAUUUGAUUGGGGGUUGGAGAUUGAAGGAAGCAGAGGGAGACUGUUACCACCUUUUGGAGAAGGUAGGAAAGGAAGUUGAAAUCCUUCUUAGGAAUGAGCAUGAGCAGCACUAUGAGAAACUUCAUCUUUGUCCCACAGAGCUGCGCAAUCUGACCAUCACUUCUGAAGUAGCUACGUUUGUAGGCUCUGUUCGGUCAGCAGGCAUAGUAGAAGAACUUAGUGGAUUUAGUUUUAAGCAGAUUUUGGAAGCCGAAAAAAAGAAUGCAUCUCUUUGUGGUAAGUGGAAUAUACAUCCAUGGGAGUUAUUGUUCCCACAGCAUGACCCAAGAAUGCUGUCCAGCCUUGGAAUGGAUUGUAGCACACGUUGGCUUGAAGGCACUACACUAUUAACACUUUGCAAUUUGCUCGAUACCAAAAGUCCUGUAGAACUAAAUUGGAAACUGCUGGGAGAAUUGAUUGGGAAAGCAUCCAACAGUACAGUGACAGAGAUUGAGGAUGAGGCAAGGAACAGAGGACUAUCCGCUACCAAACUUUUAUUAGAUAAGUAUCCUGUAUCACUAUAUCGGCUAAGGGAAUGCUUAAAUGAGAUGGGCAGGGAAGAUUGUAUAGGCACAAUUGAUAACAUGAUGGUACAACUGAAUCGUAAAGUUGAAAAUCAUUGAAUAUUAGUAGUUUUGAGUCCGUACCGAACUUUGCGAGUGGGUACCCGAACCCGAACUUUGCCGGAAAAGUUUGGGUUCGAGUUCGGUGUUCGGGCAUUUAAUAAAGCUUUUGAAAGGCUGCAUGGCAGCCAA